AUGUCGGCCCACGCCGACCUCAAUCGUUUCGCUCGCCACGUCGUCGCCGUCGAGCAGGUCACCGAGCUCGCCAAACGCGCCGCCAGUGCCGCCGCCAACGCGACGAGCGCAGACGGCGGGGCAGGAGCAGCCGCGGCCGCCGCCGCCAAGAAGGCCGCCAUGCUCGACCAGACGACCUGGAACGACGCCGUGCGGCAAGACUUCAACAUCGUCCUCGGGUUCGCGGCCGCCCUCGCGCUCCUCGCCUGCGCUCCUGCGGCCGCCUCAUGGUUCGCCAACGGGCGCUACGCCUCGGGCUGGAUGCUGCGUCGCGGGUCGAGUACGGCGAGUGAGGUGCACGUCGGCAGCAGGGAGAAGGAGAGCGGCGACAAGGGCGGCGAGAAGUUCAGCACGGUCGAGGUCGUCGAGCGCCCUUUGCCGGUCAAGAUCACGCCCACGUCCGCCUUAUUUGCUUCGACCCGGACGAUCUACAACCGCACCCUCCUCCUAACGUCGCCCUUGUUCGGCCUGACGUGGGGCCAGGUCGUCGUCUGCCUCCUCUACGAGCUCCUCUUCACCUUCGUCCUGUUCUACCACUGCCUCGACCACCGCACCAACUGGCGCCGGUCGGCCGGCGUCGCCCUCGCUCAGCUGCCCGCCGUCUUCAUCCUCGCGACCAAGAACAACGCCCUGUCGCUCCUCGGCAAGGGCUACGAGAAACUCAACUACCUUCACCGAGUCGCCGGUCGACUCACGAUCCUCGGCGGCCUUCUUCACACACUCUUCUUCCUCCUCAUGGCGCCGCUCGACGUCAAGAAGCCUGUUCACGCGAGCGGACUCGUGUGCACCGUCGCCUCGGUCCUCAUCUUCAUCACGAGCCUGUCGUACUUUCGCAACCGGUGGUACCAGGUCUUCCUCGUCUCGCACGUCGCCGGCUGGGUGAGCCUCCUCGUCGCCCUCAACUUUCACGUUCCGCAACUCGCUCGGCCCUACACCGCCUUUGUCCUCGUCUGCUACGGCACCGACCUCGCAUGUCGCCUCGUCAAGACGCGGUUCGGCUCGGCGUCGGUCGCGUCGCUGCCCGGCGGAACCGUCAUGGUCCAGUCGCACUCGCUCAAGACGGGCUGGCGAGCCGGGCAGCACGUCUGGGUGCGGGUCCCGAGCGCCGCGGGCCUUCUUCGAGGGUGGGAGACGCACCCGUUCACUAUCGCCAACGCGCCUGCCGAGUGUUCACCCCUCGACGGCUCACACGCCCUCACCCUCCUUGCCAAGUCGACUGGCUCGUGGACGCGCAGCCUUGAGGCGCACGCAAGGUCGACGGCCGGCCCGAACGAGGCGCGCGUGAUCAAGUGUGCGGUCGAAGGUCCAUACGGCGGCCUCAUGUUCACCGACUUUAUCGACUCGUCCGCCGUCAUCCUCGUCGCCGGCGGGUCCGGCAUUACCUUCUGCGCCUCGGUCCUCGAGGAGCUCGUCUAUCUCGCGACGCAGGGUCGUACCUCGACUCGCAGUGCAACGCUCGUCUGGACCGUCAAGGACCUGGCGCAGCUCGAGAGCUACCAGAGCUUCCUCACGGGCCUGGUCGACGUCGCGAGGGACAAGACCUGCCUGAACCUGCGUGUCCUCCUACACGUCACUCGUCCGCCUCUCGGCACCCCUUCCUUCGGUACCCUUGCCUCCCCCGUUCCGCAGUCGGUCCUCUCGAUCGGCCGGCCCUCGCUCCCGGCCAUCCUCGACGUCGUGGCGGCCGAGGUCAUGGCGUCGGUGCAGCGCAGGGGCCUGGUGCGCGGUGCCGGGAUCGUCGUCGGCGCCUGUGGGCCGAAGCCGCUCGUGCGGGACGUGCGCGAGGUGGUCGGUGCCGUGCAGGAGGGCAAGGCUGUCGCUGUCGGCGGCAUCGUCUGUCACACCGAGUCGUUCGGGUGGUGACCCUCGUCGCCCCUCGUCUCUUCCCUCUUCUUCGACCAGCCGGCCUCCUCCUUCCGCCCCUCUCCCUUUCUUCGCCGUCUCGCGCAGACUUGAGUUCCACCGUAGCAGCUUGCGAGGCAGGUACUCGUCGUUGCAGCAUU